AUGGAUAAGUUGAGCAAGUCGGAUCCGUUCGUUGUGGUGAAAUGGAAAACGGACUCGGACGAAACUUGGCGAGAAAUAGGUCGAACGGAAAUCAUAACAAAUGAUCAGAACCCAAACUUCACAGCGCAGUUCUCGCUGACUUAUCUCUUCGAGGAGGUUCAGAGAGUGCGGCUAGAGGUGUACGACGUCGACACCGCCUUCAAGACGAACGACGCCACCAAUCUCGACUUGGGGAAGCAAGAUUUCCAGGGGUUUGCCGAGACUACGAUGGCGGAAGUCCUAGGUACGAGCGGGCAGACAUCGACCCUGCCGUUGGUGAAGAACACGGGGAGAGCAGGGCAGGCAGUUGUCUCGAUCCGCAUGGACGAGGUCGAGCAUCAGCACGACCUGGUGACGCUCAAGCUGCGCGCGUUGAACGUUGACAAGAAGGACUUGACGUCCAGCGAUCCUUAUCUCAAGAUGGCGCGCGUGCUGGAGACGGGAGAGCAGACGUACAUCUUCAAGACGGAAGUUCAGAGCAGAACGCUUAAUCCCGUGUGGAGGGAGAUACAGGGCACGGUCCAGCAGCUGGCGAACGGCGACCUCCUGCGUCCCCUCCGGGUGGAGUGCUGGGACUACGACAGGGCGGGCGGGCACGACUUCAUCGGCGGCUGCUCGGCGUCCAUCACCGACAUGCAGAGGUGGUCGACAGCGUCGGAUGAUGCUUCGAGAGGCCCGGCCCUUGUGAACCCGAAGAAGGAGGCGAAGAGUGCCAGCUACAAGGACUCCGGCAGGCUGGUCGUGGACUUGUGUACGAUAACCGAGCGCCCGUCCUUCUUGGACUACAUCGCAGGCGGAACGGAGAUCUCGUUCACCAUGGCGAUCGACUACACGGCCUCCAACGGUAAUCCCGCCGACCCUCGCUCGCUGCACUACGUCGAUCCCGCGGGAGCGGUUCUGAACGACUACGCCAGGGCGAUGAGUGGCAUCGGUCGCGUGUUGGAGUUCUACGACACGGACAAGAAGUUCCCGGUGAUCGGUUUCGGAGGUAAGCUGGGACCGGACCUACCGGCAAACCACGCGUUCGCCGUUAACUUCCAGGAGGAGGCCCCUGAGGUGGAGGGCAUGGCGGGGGUGCUGCAGGCGUACUACCAAAGCCUGCGGAGAGUUCAGCUGUCGGGUCCUACGCUUUUCCAGGCGAUCAUCAACCAGGCGGCGCAAAUAGCCAACAGCACCAAGCACCGCAACCCGGUGGGUCAAAAGUACCACGUCCUCUGCGUCAUGACGGAUGGCAUCAUCAACGACAUGGACGCCACGGUCUCGGCCAUCGUCGACGCGACCGACGCGCCCCUCUCGAUCGUGAUCGUGGGCGUGGGCCAGGGCGACUUCACUGCAAUGGAGCACCUCGAUGGCGAUCGCCAGCGACUCACCUCCCCUUUCACCGGCAAGGUGGCCUCCCGGGACAUGGUUCAGUUCGUGCCGUUUCGGGACUUCAACGGGUUCGGGUCCGCGGCGCAGCACGCCCUCGCCAAGCACGUGCUCGCCGAGAUCCCCGGGCAGUUCAUCUCGUACAUGCAGAGCAACGGCAUCGAGCCGGCCAACAAGCGGCCGCCAGGGAGCAUCGUCACGGGGGGCGGCGGGGUUAGUCCGGCGAAGGAUCCGCCGGUGCCGCCGCAGGCCGCGGGGUACGGGGCAGGGGGGGGAGGCGCUGACGAUUUGCCACCAGCCUAUACUGAGUAUUGA